GUUGCAGAUUACAGAGUAUUGAGUGUUCAGGGGGGAGAAUAUUGAACUUAUAAUAACCAGAGCCAGUUAGUUCUGAGACUCGAAAUCGAUAGAGCGACUCCCCCGAUCGCACAUAUCGAACCGUGAGCUCAUACAGACCCCCAUAGCCCAAGGUGUGGAUUUGGAUCCCAUUCCUAUUUCCUCGCAAAGGCAAAUCUCGAACACACCCCCGAAUGCUUGAAGCUGCAGAACAGACGGUGUGAUCGGAUGUUGACAACCGGUGCAGAGAACGGCAAUGGUUUGAAGCUCAUAGAGUAUACAAGUCCCUUCCAGGGUGGAUCGGUGUACUCAGAUCGAUGAAAGACUUUCCCUAGGUCGGCAUCUACUGCGUACUUUGACGGGAAAUGAUACAUGGUACGGAGUGCGGGAAGCAUAUCAGAAAACAUGGCUGGAGAUUCCUAAUCGCUGCAAUCCGUCCAUGGUCGCCUAGUACGGAGUAUGUAUGUAUGCACAUCCGUACUGGCAUUGAUCGAUGUGUGCUCACCUCCCCCAUGGCAUUGAAUCGGAUGCGAGGCCUGUGCAGUAUUUUCACUUCAUCAAUAUUCUUUCGACAACGGAACACAAGGUAUUGCUGAUACAAAUUAUUCUAUACAUUGUCCUUUUUUAUAAAUUAUCUAAGAUCAAUUUUUCACAUCAAGCCCAAGGAGUGCGUGAGAUUAAGGUCAUGGUGUAAUAGAUUCUCAUGCCUCUAGG